UUCUGUAGAUACCAAAAGUUCGAGACGUUUUCAAGGCAAAGGUGGGUGUGCUACGAGAAUAAAAACCUGGGUUCACGGACACAUUCGGAGCUUAUAACGCUUUUGUCACCGAUGUGAGGGACGUGAUUUCGCUGCCCGUUGUUUUGACUUUGCCACCUGCUACAAAUGGCCUGCUGUGAAAGCAAUAAGGGGAGUUUAGAGGAGGACAGCUAUGAUGGAGCUGUUGGUGGAGUGCUGUCUGACUGUGCUCUGGCUAUGCUGGAAAAAGAACAGGAGUCCAUUCUUAGCCCUUCAGAGAACCCUAGUGCCUUCAUGAGCAGCAGCAGCUUUCAGGCUGCCCCCCUGCAGGGCUACGAUGUGGAGUUUGAUCCACCGCUGGAGAGUAAAUACGAGUGCCCCAUUUGUCUCAUGGCUUUGAGGAACGCCAUUCAAACACGCUGUGGUCACCGCUUCUGCAAGAGCUGCAUUGAGAAAUCCAUUCGUGAUACGGGACAGAGGUGCCCAGUGGACAACGAAAUGUUGUCAGAAGACCAACUGUUCCCUGAUAACUUUGCCAAAAGGGAAAUUCUGUCGCUAACUGUUCGCUGUCCAAACUUGGGCUGUGCCGACAAGAUGGAGCUCCGGCAUUUGGAGGAUCAUUUGGUGCAUUGUGAGUUUGCCACUGUGCCUUGUCCACAGUGCCAGCAGUCUGUGAAAAAGAGCCACCUAGAAGAGCACAUAACUGUUCAGUGCCAAAAAAGACCCAUGUCAUGUCCAGACUGUGUGGCAUGCUUUCUUUAUGAGGAGAGAGAGCUUCAUCAGCAACAGUGUCCCUUUGCCAGUGUGAAGUGUCAGUACUGUGAGCUGGAGCUCGUCAGAGACCAGAUGGAGUCUCACUGUGACACAGAUUGCCCAAAAGCACCUAUUGCCUGUAACUUUAGCAUCUUUGGAUGUAAAGAAAGGAUGCAGCGCCACAACCUGGCUCAGCACAUGCAGGAGUUCACACAGAUGCAUAUGCGCUACAUGGCUGAAUUUCUGCGUGGCCUUAGCCUCAAUGGUACUACACCCAAACCCCUGAGGACUUUAGGACCUUCACUUUCCUCUGAGGAUCAAGGAGCUGCACCAUCAGUACCGGCCUGUAGUGGGCCCAGAGGGGCUGCAGCUCUGAGCUGCAGUAGCAGUUGUGCUCCAGGUCCGUCUAGUGAAGAGAUGCAGCAGAGGCUCCGUGAGAUGGAUGGACGAUUGGUGAAGCAGGAUCACCAGCUCCGUGAACUCAUCAUCUUAAAAGACACCCAAGCAGGCCAGCUAGCAGAGCUCAGGCGUAGAGUGUCCAUGCUGGAGGAUACAGUAAAAGAGCUGGAGGCCCAACAUUGCAAUGGUAUCUUCAUCUGGCGCCUCAAAGGUUUUUCAGUCCACCUGCGGAACCAAGAAGCGGGCCAGCCAGUGGUUGAGCACAGCCCCGGCUUUUACACAGGCCGCCCAGGCUACAAGCUGUGCCUGCGCUUACACCUGCAGACCCCCAAUGCCCCUCGCUGCUCCAACUACAUCUCCCUAUUUGUGCACACCAUGCAAGGAGCUUUUGAUGGGCAGCUUACCUGGCCAUUUCAAGGAACCAUCCGGCUCGCCAUCCUAGACCAGGGCCCUGAGGGUCAGCAUCACAUGGAGGCAAUGGAGACUAAACCAGAUCUACAGGCCUUCCAGAAGCCGACAAUUCAGCGCAAUCCCAAAGGAUUUGGCUAUGUCACCUUCAUGCACCUGUCUCAGCUGAGUCAGAGAGCUUAUGUUAAAGACGACACUCUGCUCAUCCGCUGCGAGGUGACGCCGCGUUUUGACAAUAUCCUUCACCGUGAGGGACCAGCUGUACAGCCAAGAGGACCUGAGGCAUUUGCUUCAAGAGACUAAAGUCGCACUCCUUUGUGUGGGAUAUUCCACAAGCUGACAUUUAUGGUACCUCUACCAGUGUUUUAGUAAUUCAGUAAAGUUCAUUUUUAAUUGAUGGUGAUCAAGUGGAAGAAAAAUUGACAUUAACAACCUUUUAAAAUAGCUAGUAUUUAUUUUUUUUCAAGAUCUGAAUGUUUGUUGUAAUAGAUGUACAGCAGAAUUCAUUUAGAUCAUUAUGAGAGAUAUGUACUUUAAAUCUACGCUGUUAAGACCAUGUGAACUGUAUCUAAUCAGCUCAGCACCACAGGCUCUCUUGCUAUUGUUGUAGAACACAGCAUGAGGACUUUUUGGUUUUGGGUUUGUUUUUUUUUGUUUUGUUUUUUUAAUUUUUUACCUCUAGUGUCAUUUUUCAAUCAUUGUUUAAAGAGCAGAUGCCUUUUUUGGGUUUUUUUCCCCUUGUCAUCUGCAAGUGUGUACAGGAUAUGUGGAUAAUGUAUUACAUAUUCUUAACAGCAGAGGAUGAAAAUGACAAUUAAGCAUUUUAUAAAAACCUAAGUGAACAGGCUUAAAUCCCUAGAAUCAGUUGUGGGAAUUUGUUGUAACCACAGUUGAUCAUAUGUUAUCUAAUAUUGAAUCAUGAACCAAAAAAAGGGUCACUAGGUAACAAUGGAAAGUUAAACGCUUAUAAUUAUUAGCAUAGACACAAUCUUAUUUUCAUUCCCCUUAUGUGUGCUUAGUCUACUGACUCACCUUGGCAAGCCAAACCAAUGGAAGCCUAGAGCCCCCCCCAUCCUUGUAUAUUCUGGGUAAACAGCAUAUAUUGGAAACACUGGAGGUGCUAUUUAUCUUAGAAUAGAUGCAAAUGAACCUGAACAGGUGAAACUGAAUUCCAAGCAGUGAACUAACCCUGGCCAUUUUUCCUUUUAAUCAGGAACAAUCUCUCUGUUCCACUGAAGGACAAAGGGCAUUUGGGGGUGGUAACGUUCAAAAUUCCCUUUCAGAUGUUUUACAAAGAAAGUGAUGCAUUUGCCACAUUUGGGCACGCCAGGAUCUCACACAGAGAAUUUUGAUGAGAAACACAGCAGUAACACAAAAGCUCCACGGGGGUAUCUUGUGAGAAAGGUCAUUGUGUGGAACAGAAUCAGCAAAAACUUAUUGUCCAUUCCAAAUGCCGCAUUUCAAGCGUCACUGCUUCUGCCCAUCCUGAUUUUUGAGGCAUCACUGUGGCACAAACAGCAAAAAUGAUGGACGGAUUACUCAAAGUGCCUUUUACUCAAGCUCCUAACUAAUGUAACCUUAAAUAAUUGAAGUGUAAAUGUGAAUGCAACUUUGUCACGCUCCAUGAAAUGCUAAUAAUUGAUUGGAUUAAUGUUUUAGCUAAUGAAAGCUGUCCUCCUAAACACAGUUACCACAAUGGAACAUUUAAUGUUUUCUUCUAAAGGACCCAAUAUUUUUAUAAAUAAAACACCAUUUCACUCAUUUAAGGUCCAU